AACCUAUAAUGAAUCUGGAAGAUCUAGCAGAACUAGAAUUAUACUAUCUAUUUACAAUGCCACGGCGCCACCGACGCCGCAGGCGAAGUCGCUUUAUCAGCAAGUACCUCCCGGGACCUGACACCAUUUGUAAAUCACUCGAGGUAGGUAUAUGCAUAGGAAUAGCGUUGCUGAUUAAUGAAAUACCUGAAGAAUGGAGGCUUCUCUCACUCUUUGGUAUAGCUGUAGGAAGCGCCAGUCUUUCCUUCUUGCUACUCUUACUGAGACUCUUCCUAAAAAAGUGGUUAGAAGGAAGUCUGGCAUUAUCGUGGGUCCUGUUGCCAAUACCAUCGGUAGGAUUCUUGGUCAUGGGCGUAGCCGUUGCAGUUAGUUACCAAGAUCACGAGGACCAGAGCUUCUUCAUAGCGGGAAUGUUAUCCGUCUUUGGUGCUUUUAUAUAUUUCAUGGACUUUGUUAUAUUGUUUGUGCCAUAUUAUUUUGAACACGAUGCUCUAGCUGCCACAAGUGGUAUGAUACCUACCCAGGACAUUAAUAAUUAA